AUGGCGGCCCCCAGAGGCUCCGCCCAGGGCGGUGCGGGCGGCACAACAUGGCCGCCCCCAGGGCGCGCCCCGCAGCCCCGCCCACCCGCGCACCGGAAGUUUCCAUUUGAAAGCCCGGCGGCAGACCCGGCCGGGUGCUCGGCGGUUUCCGCGGGGGACCUUCUGAGUCGGAGCGACGAGGAGUGCCCGCGGGAGCAGCAGGCACCUGGGGCCAAGCCUUGCCUCCCCGUCAGGAUGGCCGGCCUGGCGAAGACCAUGCACGCCCUGCAGCCCCCCUCCGUGCAGAGUGGCGGCCCGCUCGCCGACACACAAACUCGAGCCACUUCUAAGAGCUUGUUACCUGUGAAGUGUAAAGAAAUCGAUGUUUACAGAUCUCUUCAUUCAGGAGUUUCAGAAAAUGAUGUAACGAAAGUCAUCAAACCGAGACGAGAGAACGGACAGGGGAAAGCUGCAGAUACUGCCAUCAAGAAGAACAUCAAAAAGAGCUACAGGCCGUUGGGUAAGCAGAAGUCAGAGGAAGAGCUCAAGGAGAAGAACCAGAUCUUAGAGGCCGUCAACAAGCAGUUACAGCAGAAGUUGACUGAAACUCAGGGCAAACUGCAGGACCUGACCGAAAAGGUGGAGCUGCUGCAGAAGUUCCAGGACAACAGUUUGGCGAUUUUGGAGAGCAAGGGCCUCAACCCAAACAGUGAGACCCUGGAAUCACAGCAGGAAUCCAACCCGGAUCACAUGGACUCAACGCUGCUGUUAGAAACUUUGCAAGAUGAAUUGAAGCUUUUUAACGAAACAGCAAGAAAGCAGAUGGAGGAGUUACAGGCCUUAAAAGUAAAGUUGAAGAUGAAAGAAGAAGAGAGGGCCCGGUUCCUAGAGCAGCAGGCCUUAUGUAACAGCCAAGUAAGUGACUUUACAGCAGCCCUUGAGGAAAUGGAGCAGCUAUUAGAAAUGUGA